AUGGCGCCGAAUAAAGAUUGGAUGGACCUAGUAGAUGAUGAUAGACUUGAUCCAAAAUAUAAAGAAGGGGUUGAUCAGUUUUUAGACUAUGCAUAUGAGAAGCUGUUGGAUAGUUUUAAUGAAAAGGAUGAAGACUUUGAAAUUCGAUGUCCAUGUGUUAAAUGCAGCAAUGUGAAGUCUGGUAAUCGUGAGUCGGUAAAGACCCACUUGAUUAUUCAUGGAAUUAUUAAAAACUACAGAUUUUGGUGUCAUCACGGCGAAAGACAGGGUGAGUCCAUUUCGGAGUUUGAUGAAGAACAAGAAGAAAUGAUAGAAGAAAGCCAGAGUGACGAUGAAAUGCAAGAAAUGAUUGGAGAUUUAUUUCAUAAUUCAACUGGCGUUGUUGCACCUGAUGCCACGUCGAGUCAGGAUAUUCUUGAGCAGGAACCAGAUGGACAUGCAAAACAAUUCUACAGUCUUUUAGGUGACUCCGAGAAACCUUUGUAUGAAGGCUCUAAAUGUUCAAAGUUAUCUGCUUUAGUGAAACUACUUCACAUAAAGAGCCUAAAUAGGUGGAGUAAUAAAUCAUUCUCAAUGUUGCUCCAGUUUUUGAAUGAGGAGCUAUUGCCAGGGGAAUCAACACUGCCUAAUUCGUAUGACGAGGCCAAAAAAUUAAUCCGAGACCUUGGCCUAUCAUAUGAAAAAAUUGAUUCGUGUCCAUUCUCUUGCAUGCUGUUUUGGAAAAAUGAAGAAGGUCUUGAUACGUGUCAGAGAUGUGGUGCUUCUAGAUGGAAACUUGAUAAACAUGGAAAAGAGAUCAAGCGAAAGGCAAAUGGUAAAAAAAUACCACAAAAGACAUUGCGAUAUUUUCCUCUUAAGCCACGAUUGCAAAGGCUUUACAUGUCUUCGAAGACAGCUUCUGAUAUGAGAUGGCACCAUGAAAGACAAGUUGAGGACGGAGUGAUGAGGCAUCCAGCUGACUCUAAGGCUUGGAAAAACUUUAAUGAGCUACAUGACAGCUUUGCCGAAGAGCCCCGAAAUGUUAGGCUCGGUCUUGCAAGUGAUGGUUUCCAACCUUUCACAAAUUCAAAAGUUUCUUAUAGCAUAUGGCCCGUUUUACUUGUACCAUAUAACUUACCACCAUGGAUGUGCAUGAAGCAAUCUAAUUUUAUUUUAUCUAUGCUCAUUCCUGGUCCAACUGGUCCUGGAGAUGCUAUUGACACCUACUUACAACCAUUGAUAGAAGAACUAAAGGAGUUGUGGGCCUCAGGCGUUCGAACAUAUGAUGUAUCUCUGAGACAGAAUUUCAUUUUACAUGCAGCACUAAUUUGA